UGACAGUAUAGUUUGAUUAAUCUGCAGGAUGUGUCGCAAUGUGCCUCACUUUCCUCUUGGCUGACUUUUUAGUACAUCCUCAAGUCUACCAUAAUUUACACGCAGUUAGCCGACAGUCAUAGGCAAUGAGUUGACCGGCAUUCUCUAAUGAGUUACGUCCAUGAUGAAUGUUAUUAAGUUAUUUCCGUCUGAACAUUAUAAAGCAUUUUGUAGAUUGUUCAAGCGAUAUAUAGAACAGGAAACGAUAAGAGUAUUUAACGGAACCUGCGCCUUUUGAAGGCAUUCACUUUUGGUGUCAUAAGUUGAAAUGGAGAGCCCGUCCCCGUCGCUCAGGCGGCAGGCGUGGGUCCAGACCAGCCGACAGUGGCAGACCCUGGAGAACGAUCCCCAGGCACCCUCGCAACCCCCUCCUCCUCCCCCUCCUCCUCAUCCCUCCUUCUCCACAGAGCAGCAGCACUCCACCGAUGAAUGUUGCUCCAUCGAGAGCUGGCUGCUCCGCUGCGGGCAGCAGCUGGGACCUGAUGGCUCGGGCCACUUGCCUGGAGAGUCGGGGCUGAGGAGUUGCAGCUUCGAAGAUGACCUGAGCCUGGGGGCUGAGGCUACUGUGUUCAGUGUUGAAGAAGAAGAUCUGGGAAUGGGUACCCCAGGUGAGAAGCUCUGUCUGCCCCAGCUCACCAUGGGCCACAGCAUGGCUUCCAGUGGCCUCUCUUCCUCCACCAGUCGCACUGCUUCCAGUGUGUCGGAGGUCCUGCAGCUGUGUUCGGAGGAUGCAGAGGACACCCUGUACCAGCUGGGCUUCGGCAGCGAGGUGGCCCAGCCCUCGGCUCGAAUCCCCCCGCGCUUCCUCAGUUUCCCCUCCCGGCUCGGCGGCAUCAGCUUCCGGCUCUUCCUACAGGCGCAGCUGCUGCGGCUUCGCCAGGAGGACCCCGACCUGUCCCUGGCCAGUCGCUUCCGGCAGGUGGAGGUCCUGACCGCCAUGGCGAACGCCUUCUCCUCGCUCUACUCCCACGUAUCCCGCACGCCGGUCCAGAAACUAGCCCCUCCGGACCUCAGCCUCUCCUCGCCGUCGGCUGACAGGAAGACGGCACGGUUCCUGAGCAGCGUGCGGAUCGAGCCGCGCUCCCCCGUGGACCGGCUGAAGGACACCGUGUCCAGGAUGUGCCUCUACACCGGGUCCUCCAGGGGCUCUGAGAACGGGACCCCGCAGUCCUCACCCAGGAAGAGGGCCAGCCUGCCCGACCUGGUGGACCUGCUGAUGGAGAAUGCCAGCGAGGGGAGGGUAGAGGACCUGUGUUCAGGGGUAGAGGACCUGUGUUCAGGGGUAGAGGACCUGUGUUCAGGGGGGAGGGUAGAGGACCAGGGUUCAGGGGGGAAGGUAGAGGACCAGGGUUCAGGGGGGAGGGUAGAGGACCAGGGUUCAUGGGGGAGGGUAGAGGACCAGGGUUCAGGGGGGAGGGUAGAGGACCAGAACAGUCAGUUUGUAACUCGCAAGAACAUACUUACCCCACUGGGUUGA